UCGAGCUGCUGAGAGGAGACGCUGAAGAAAAAAGAGAAAGAGAAAUCUGUCCUUAUGAUCCAAAGGAGCGAGAGCAGAUCGAGCUGAAGGAUCGAAGCAGGAAAGCAACUAGUCAUCUGUUCAAGCUUGCUGGCACCUGUAAACCUUUUCUUCCUCCCUUCUCGUGCGUCGUCCCUGAUAUGACUCUUUUCAAGAGUGAACACUGCAGCCCACAGUACAUGAGCAUGACCGGAGAGCUGAAAUCAAGCCGCUCGAAGACGGGAGGAGUCAAGAGGCCGAGCAGUGCUGUGUACGGAUCAGAAUACGAGCUGGACUAUGACUGCUACCAGGAGAACCUCUAUGACAGGGUGUUUGAUUACCAGCGUGUCCCAUCGGCGGUGCCUGCACUGCCCCACAGUUCCAGCCUGGCCAAGAGAGCACGCUCGUCUGCUUCCAGGCAGAGACGCAGCCGAGACCGUUCGUCCUCCAAGAGCUCCUCCAGACCCCACUCUUCCAGCAGAGCUAAGUUGAAAAUGGAGGAGCUGCAGACCAUAAAGCGUGAGUUGACGACGAUAAAGGUGCAGAUUGAUGGCCUGCUGGACAGCCUCGACAAGAUGGACAGACAAAGGCAGGAGCACACAGGUUCUCCAUUUUCUCAUGGAGGGAGCUCAGGGGGUUCACCGUACCACCCAUCAACCAGCAGUCGAGAGGGAUCUCCCAGAACUCCCAGCCCACGCCGCUGCACCAGGAGAGACACUCCGGAACUUGGAGAGGCGAGCGACGACGAGCCGCACAUGAUGAAUCAUCCAAACUCUGACAUGGAGGAUGAAAUGUAAAAAGGCACGGCUCAGACCAUUCUGCAGAGUGAUGUAGCAAGACAGAAGAGCCGGAUAUGCUGAAGAAGAAGAACCCGCCUCUGUCUCCAUGGCAACAGCUCACGACACGACACACAGUAAAUCAUAUCAGAAUAAUCCUGGGACUCAUCUGUGAAGUUGGAAGUUGUGAGAUUUACGUUUAGUUCAUUUAUUUUAGCAGUCGUGUGUACUGGCUUUCAUUCCUGUGUGUAGUGUCAGGUGUCAUUAAAGGUGCCCUUGUUCUCCCUAGACCUUUAUUCAACGGUGUCAUUUCAAUGUAUUUCUUUAAUUCUAGGGAUUCUUCAGAUCUCCUCCGGUUACGUACUUAUGUAAUGCCAAUUCCACCUGCUUUAACAUUAAUGUGUUCAGCUUAAAAUAUUUUAUUAUUGUUCCAUAGGAUUGAGGACACAAACACAGCACAUGACAAUAGAAACCUUUAUACUCAUAUUUUUAAGCUUUCUUUCUUUCUUUCUUUCUUUCUUUCUUUCUUUCUUUCUUUCUUUUUCUUACUUUCUUUCUUUGUUCUGUUCUUUCCUUCCUUCCUUCAACCUACUUUUCAGUUGAAGCAAAUUUACUUUCUUUCCUUCUUUCUUUCUUUCUUUCUUUCUUUCUUUCUUUCUUUCUUUCUUUCUUCUGUACUUUCCUUCCUUCCUUUCUUCAACCUACUUCUCAGUCGAAGCAAAUUUACUCUUUCUGUUUUCCUUUCUUUCUUUUCUAUUCCUUCCUUCCUUCCAUCCUUCACCCUACAUCCUUUUGAAGCAGAUUUACUCUUUCUUUCUUUCUUUCUUUCUUUCUUUCUUUCUUUCUUUCUUUCUUUCUUUCUUUCUCAUUUCAAGCUUACUACAGACUCAGAUGUUUUUUAAUCUCACAAUGAGACACAUUGACGGAUUCUCUUCUUCUUGGCACUUCGGACUGAAAGUGUAACCAUGUUGGUCAGCGUGUAAUAAUGUGUAAUAUUGUAAAACUUUGUUUUCCGUGUUUCCUGCUGUCUGAUUUUAUCUUACUUUUUGUUUUUAAUCUUG